AUGGCCAGUCCUACAGGCCAUGCUGUUACUAAUGGAACUCUACACAGUCCCAAGACCCAGCGCAGCAAACGGCAAAGCACUGACUGUGUGAAAAACGGAAUCCCAAAAGAAGCCCAGCAAAAUAAGAAGCCACCUUAUUGGGAUAAGCCUAUCUUUGAGUCCUACCCGCGACCUCCAGCUCACAUCCUCGUUCUCACUCACGUGGGUAUUGUGAUUGGAACCCUGUUCGGGUACAUCAGGGACCUUUUGAGGCACUGGGGAAUAGAAAAAUGCAACGCCGCUGUAGAGAGAGAAGAACAAAAAGAUUUUGUGCCAUUGUAUCAGGACUUUGAGAACUUUUAUAAGAGGAACCUUUACAUGAGAAUCAGAGACAGCUGGAAUCAUACCACCUGCAGCUCCCCAGAGGUCUACAUUGAUGUAAUGGAGAAAGUGUCUGAUGACUAUAACUGGACAUUCAGGCAUACAGGAAGAGUUAUCAAAGAUGUCCUCAACAUAGCCUCCUACAACUACCUGGGGUUUGCAGUCAAAUAUGAUGAGUCCAUGAGGUUCGUUAAGGAUACUCUAGAAAAGUAUGGCGUGGGUGUGGCCAGCACCAGAAAUGAAAUGGGUACCUUGGAUAUACACAAGGAGCUGGAGGACCUCAUGGCAAAGUUCAUGAAUGUAGAAGCAGUGAUGGUCUUUGGGAUGGGAUUCGCAACCAACUCAAUGAAUAUCCCCAUAUUUGUUGGAAAGGGAUGCCUCAUUCUAAGUGAUGAGUUUAACCACUCAUCUCUCGUCCUGGGGGCUAGACUCACUGGUGCAACCAUAAGACCCUUCAAACACAACAAUGUACAGAGCUUAGAGAAUCACCUGAGAGAAGCUCUCAUCAAAGGCCAGCCUCGCACAGGCAGAGCUUGGAAAAAGAUUCUCAUCUUGGUGGAGGGCAUCUACAGCAUGGAAGGUAGCAUUUUGAACCUGCCCCAGAUAGUGGCUCUCAAGAAGAAAUACAAGGCUUACCUCUACGUUGAUGAAGCUCACAGUAUUGGUGCUAUAGGCUCCAAGGGCCAAGGUGUCAGAGACUUCUUUGGACUGGCUUCCGAAGAUAUCGACAUACACAUGGGGACAUUCACCAAAACCUUUGCAUCUGCAGGAGGCUACAUAGCUGGAAAAAAGGAACUUGUGGAUUAUGUGCGGACUCACUCACAAAAUGCUUUCUAUGCCACAUCCAUGAGCCCUGUUCUAGCAGCACAGGUCAUCAGGUCAUUGAAGAUCCUCAUGGGAGAAGACAGGGCCAAUGAAGGUGUGCAGAGAAUACAGCAACUGCAAGCGAACAUAAAGUACUUCCGGAAGCGGCUGAUGGAGAUGGGAUUCCUCAUCUACGGCAAUGACUGCUCUCCCAUCGUCCCCAUGCUCCUCUACAUGCCUGCGAAAGUAGCAAUUUUUGAAAGGCUUAUGCGUAAGAAAAAUAUUGCAGUGGUGGUUGUUGGAUUUCCAGCUACUUCCCUGACAGAAGGUCGGGCUAGAUUCAGCAUUUCCUCAGCACACACUCGGGAGAUGCUGGACAAAGUUUUGAAAGAGAUUGAUGAACUCGGUGAUCUGCUGAAUGUGAAAUAUUCUCCAUUCAAGGAGUCAGGACGUGCUGCACUUGACAAUAAGAAGUGUUCUGACAAUGAAGCGAGCUUUGAGGAGAUGAGCUCUGAGCCUCGAGCAUAA